AUGAGGGUAAGAAAGCGUACAUCCAAGAGAACUUCCACUCGUAUGAGAGAAGGUAUUAAAAAGAAGGCUAAUGCUCAACAUAGAAAGGAAAGAAAGAAGGCUAAGACUGAUCCAACAUGGAAAUCAAGAGGUAAGAAGGAUCCAGGUAUCCCAGCAAAUUUCCCAUACAAGGCUAAAAUCUUAGAAGAAAUUGAAGCCAAGAAAUUGAAAGAUUUAGAAGAAAAACAAUUACAAAAACAACAACGUCUACUAGCUAAACAAGAAGCAUUGAGAUUGGCACAAAUGAAUGGCCAGAUGGUUGACGAAAGUGCAUUACCUGAUGAUGAUGAAAAUGGAUUAGCUGCCUUAGUCGAAUCAGCUCAACAUGCAGCACAAGAGUAUAAUAAUAAUCAGGGUUCCGGGAAUAACAAUUCCGUCAGUACUCAAGAUGAUUUAGAAGUCGUUGAUUAUGAUAUUGACUUCUAUGGAUCCAAUGAUGAUGACGAUGAAGGUGAAAGUGAACUAGAAAAAUCAAGAAAAGCUUACGAUAAGAUUUUCAAAUCAGUCAUCGACGCAUCUGAUGUUAUCCUAUAUGUUCUUGAUGCAAGAGACCCAGAAGGUACAAGAUCAAGAAAAGUGGAACAAGCUGUCUUACAAAGUCAAGGUAAGAGAUUGAUUUUGAUUUUGAAUAAAGUUGAUUUGGUCCCACCAUACGUUUUAGAACAAUGGUUAAACGUUUUGAAAUCCAGUUUCCCAACAAUCCCAUUAAGAGCUUCUCCAGGUGCUACAAAUGGUACAUCUUUUAAUAAAAAAUUGACACAAACUGUUACUGCAAGCGCACUUUUGGAAGCUUUGAAAACAUAUUCUCAUAACAGUAAUUUAAAGAGAUCUAUCGUUGUUGGUGUCAUUGGUUAUCCAAACGUGGGUAAAUCCUCAGUUAUCAAUGCCAUUACGGCUCGUCGUGGAAGUCAUACUAAAGCUUGUCCCGUAGGUAACCAAGCUGGUGUUACUACAUCAUUAAGAGAAGUUAAAGUUGAUAAUAAAUUGAAAAUUCUAGAUUCUCCAGGUAUUUGUUUCCCAAGUGAAACCUCUACGAAGAAGAGUAAAGUGGAACAUGAAGCUGAAUUAACUUUAUUGAAUGCAUUACCAUCUAAAUAUAUCGUGGAUCCAUAUCCAGCUGUCUUAAUGUUAGUAAAAAGACUAUCACAAAAUGAUGAAAUGACUGAAAGCUUUAAGAAAUUAUACGAUCUACCACCAAUCCCAGCUAAUGAUGCUGAUACAUUUACUAAACAUUUCUUGAUUCAUAUUGCUCGGAAAAGAGGAAGAUUAGGUAAAGGUGGUAUUCCAAACUUAGCCAGUGCAGGUUUAUCUGUCCUAAACGAUUGGAGAGAUGGUAAGAUUCUUGGGUGGGUGUUACCAAAUGCAUCAAAGACAUCAUCAACAGAACUACAAGAAGCUCAACAACAAACUAUUGGUACUGGUAUAUCGCAAGCUCCUGCAAAGGAACAAGAACAAACUAGUAUUGUUUCUGAAUGGUCAAAGGAAUUCGAUCUUGAUGGUUUGUUUUCCUCUUUGGAUAAUGUUAUUAGUUCCCAAAACGCUGAUACUGAAAUGGACGCUUAA